CUUGAUUUUGUAGUUGGAGUUUAAAGGGGUUGAUGGCUACUCGUAAUUUGGAGAAAUUGGCAUCUAUAGAUGCACAGUUGAGGCUUUUGGUACCUACUAAGGUGUCUGAAGAUGAUAAGCUUGUUGAGUAUGAUGCUUUGCUUUUGGACCGUUUUCUUGAUAUUCUUGAGGAUUUGCAUGGAGAGGGUAUCAAAGAAACAGUCCAAGAAUGUUAUGAGCUUUCUGCUGAGUAUGAAAACACGCGUGAUAAGAAGAAGCUGGAGGAGCUUGGCAGUGUGUUGACAAGUUUGGAUCCAGGGGAUUCAAUUGUUGUUGCUAAAUCUAUUUCUCACAUGCUUAACAUGGCCAACUUGGCUGAGGAGGUUCAGAUUGCCAAUAGUGGGAGGGAAAAGUCGAAAAAGGGCGACUUUUCAGAUGAGAGCAACUUGAUGACUGAAUCCGACAUUGAAGAAACACUCAAGAGACUUGUAGUGGACUUGAAGAAGUCUCCUCGAGAAGUUUUUGAAGCUCUGAAGAAUCAGACAGUGGAUUUGGUCUUUACUGCUCAUCCGACUCAAGCUACCCGGAGAUCUUUGCUUCAGAAGCAUGCAAGGAUCCGCAAUUGCUUGGCUCAGUUGUAUGCUAAAGACAUUACACCCGACGAUAAAGAGGAGCUGGAUGAAGCUUUACAGAGGGAGAUUCAAGCUGCUUUCCGCACUGAUGAAAUCAGAAGGACUCCUCCAACACCACAAGAUGAAAUGAGAGCUGGAAUGAGUUACUUCCAUGAAACAAUUUGGAACGGUGUUCUGAGGUUUCUACGACGUGUAGACACAGCUCUUAAAAACAUUGGGAUUAAUGAACGAAUUCCUUAUAAUGCUCCUCUCAUCCAGUUCUCAUCUUGGAUGGGUGGCGACCGUGAUGGUAAUCCAAGAGUCACUCCUGAGGUCACUAGAGAUGUUUGCUUAUUGGCUCGAAUGAUGGCAGCGAAUUUGUACUAUUCUCAGAUAGAUGAUCUAAUGUUUGAGUUAUCUAUGUGGCGUUGCAAUGACGAGCUUCGUGAUCGGGCAGAUGAACAACACCGUUCAUUAAAGAGAGACGAAAAACACUACAUAGAAUUCUGGAAACAAGUUCCACCAAGUGAACCGUAUCGUGUAAUUAUUGGUGAUGUGAGAGAUAAACUAUAUCAUACACGUGAGCGUACUCGCCAGCUGUUAUCCAAUGGGUUCUCUGAAAUUCCUGAGGAGGCAACAUAUACUAACAUCGAGCAGUUCUUGGAACCUCUUGAGCUCUGCUACAGAUCUCUUUGUGCUUGUGGGGAUCGACCAAUUGCUGACGGAAGCCUUCUGGAUUUUCUACGACAAGUUUCCACCUUUGGACUCUCACUUGUGAGACUUGACAUAAGACAAGAGUCGGAUCGCCACACUGAUGUCCUUGAUGCCAUUACCCAGCACUUGGAAAUUGGUUCAUAUCGAGAGUGGUCUGAGGAAUGUAGACAAGAGUGGCUUCUCUCUGAACUCAGCGGCAAGCGACCUCUAUUUGGACCUGAUCUACCAAAAACUGAAGAAAUUGCUGAUGUUUUGAAUACAUUCCAUGUCAUAUCAGAACUUCCAUCAGACUGCUUUGGGGCAUACAUCAUCUCAAUGGCCACUGCACCAUCUGAUGUGCUUGCUGUUGAGCUUUUACAGCGUGAAUGCCACGUGAAGCAACCUUUACGGGUAGUUCCACUUUUUGAGAAAUUGGAUGAUCUGGAGGCUGCUCCUGCUGCUAUUGCACGUCUCUUUUCUAUUGAGUGGUACAAAAACCGCAUUAAUGGGAAGCAAGAAGUCAUGAUUGGCUACUCAGACUCUGGAAAGGAUGCUGGUAGGCUGUCGGCAGCAUGGCAGCUAUAUAAGGCUCAAGAGGAGCUUAUAAAAGUUUCCAAACAAUAUGGCGUGAAGCUAAUUAUGUUCCAUGGCAGAGGUGGUACAGUUGGAAGAGGAGGUGGUCCCAGCCAUCUUGCUAUAUUAUCUCAGCCACCUGAUACAAUUCAGGGAUCUCUUCGUGUAACAGUUCAAGGUGAGGUUAUUGAGCAAUCAUUUGGGGAGGAACACUUGUGUUUUAGGACACUCCAGCGUUUCACUUCUGCCACCCUAGAACAUGGAAUGUAUCCACCUUUCCCCCCAAAGCCAGAAUGGCGUGCACUUCUGGAUGAAAUUUCUGUCAUUGCUACAGAGAAGUAUAGGUCAAUAGUAUUCAAGGAACCCCGAUUUGUCGAGUACUUCCGCCUGGCAACACCCGAGCUGGAGUAUGGUCGGAUGAACAUUGGUAGCCGUCCAUCAAAGCGUAAACCAAGUGGAGGCAUAGAAACACUUAGAGCUAUUCCAUGGAUCUUUGCAUGGACCCAGACUAGGUUUCAUCUGCCAGUCUGGCUUGGCUUUGGGGCAGCAUUUAAGUAUGCACUUAACAAGGAUAAAAAAAACCUCAAUAUGCUGCAGGACAUGCACAAAAAAUGGCCAUUCUUUAGAGUUACUGCUGAUUUGAUUGAGAUGGUGUUUGCCAAGGGAGACCCCGGCAUUGCUGCUUUGUACGACAAGCUUCUGGUUUCUGAAGAUUUGUGGUCCUUCGGUGAGCUUUUGAGGUCCGAUUAUGAGGAGACUAAGAGCCUCCUGCUUCAGGUUGCUGGACACAAGGAACUUCUAGAGGGAGACCCCUGCUUAAAACAACGACUCAGGCUGCGUGAUUCCUAUAUCACUACUUUAAAUGUAUGCCAAGCUUACACACUAAAGAGGAUUCGUGAUCCAACCUACAACGUCACUCUAAGGCCUCACAUUACCAAGGAAUACAUAGAAUCGAAACCUGCUGCUGAACUCGUGAGCCUGAAUCCAGAAAGCGAGUAUGCUCCCGGCUUGGAAGACACACUCAUCUUGACCAUGAAAGGUAUUGCUGCUGGAAUGCAGAAUACUGGUUAAAUCUGUUACUAUGUUUUUGUUUUAAUGGUUGGUAAAGUAUUUGCCCAUCCUAAAGUAUACAUUAAGAAUCAUGUAUCCUUAAGUACAUUUUUUUUGCAACUUCUAGUUUAGUUACCCCAUAAAAUGGAUGAAUAAUUAUUCCCCUCUCUGUUUAG